AUGGCCUCUUCUUCUCGUAGAUCUAUGGAAGCUGCUCGUGAAGAUACAGGUGACUCUCAUUCCCAACCUCAUACACAAGAAGGAAUUGGCGAACAGUCCUCGGGUCAAUCUAUUCCUCAUACUAGUGGGUCUGGUGUGGGAAAUCAACAAGGAGUAAGAGUUGGUCCACAUCCUCACAUGAGCCCUGGUACUCACAAGGAUGCUUAUGACUGGUGGGUAGGUGUGCCAAAUGCAAAAGUAAAACCUCCAGUUCUUACUUGGGAUGAUUUUGUUAAAGAGUUUCGUAUGAAGUAUGUCCCGCCUGCUUAUUGUGAUGCUAAGAAAAAAGAGUUUUUGAAUCUAAGGCAACGAGGCAUGUCUAUUGCUGAGUAUCAACAAAAGUUUCUUAGACUCUCUCGUUAUGCUGGAGGCAUUAUUACCGAUGAAAAAGAUAAAUGCAGGAGGUUUGAAGAUGGCCUAAACGAUUCCAUCAAAAAGAAUGUGGCAAUCCUGCAACAUGAGAACUUUUGUAAAUUAGUUUCUGCUGCUUUCACUUGGGAAAGACUUGAUAAGGAAGAAGCUAGUAGACAUGAAAAUAAAUUCCGGAAGCCUAGGUCAGAUUUUGGAGGUCCAUCCAAGAAGGGAAGGUUUGAUGAUUCUAAGGCUGGUAGUGUCAACAAGUCAAAUCAACAGAAACAAAGCAGACUAGAUUUUUCUACAGCUAGUACCCCGAGUUAUAGCCAAGGCAAGACUCGCGUUCCCACUUGUGCAGAAUGUGGAAAGAAUCAUUAUGGUGCUUGUAGGAGAGCUUCUGGUGCUUGUUUUAAUUGUGGCAGCUUUGAUCAUAAAGUGAAGGACUGUCCAAAUCCUAAAAAUGUUCCUCCUGUGUACAUUGAGGGCUCAGUGCAGAAGUCUUCUAAUAAUCCUCCACAAACCAAUAGAGGUGCAAGGCCUAAAACCAACCAAGCAGCAGGGGCAAGUGGAGCAAAUCAAGCUAGCGGGUCCAGAGCUACUGCACGAGCUUAUGCUAUGAGGCAGAGAGAUGAUCAAGAGGGACAGGACAUGGUUGUCGGUAAAUUUGACUUAUAUAGCUUAUCUGUAUUUACACUAUUUGAUCCUGGCUCUACACAUUCCUAUAUUUGUUCAUCACUGGUUCUUCCUAAAAAUGUGAAAUCUAUGAGACUUAACUUUGAUGUUCUGGUUGAAAGUCCUUUGGGUUACCAAGUUGUCUCAAGAAAACUAAUUCAUCAAGGUUGUAGUGCAUAUCUUGCUCACAUAAUUGAUACACGUGUGGAGAGUCCUAGCCUUAAAGAUAUACCUACUGUGUGUGACUUUCCUGAAGUGUUUCUAGAAAAUCUUCCUAGGUUACCACCAGAAAGAGAAGUUGAAUUUCCGAUUGAGCUCAUUCCUGGAUCUACUCCUAUUUCUAUCACUCCUUAUAGAAUGGCACCAGCAGAAUUAAGAAAAUUGAAAACUCAGUUCCAAGAACCUCUUGAGAAAGGUUUUAUUCGUCCAAGUUUUUCUCCUUGGGGAGCCCCUGUGCUAUUUGUGAAAAAGAAAGAUGGUACUCUUAGACUUUGUAUUGACUAUAGACAAUUGAACAAAAUAACAAUCAAGAACAGAUUUCCACUACCAAGGAUUGAUGAUUUGUUUGACCAGUUGAAGGGUGCAAAUUUAUUCUCAAAGAUUGAUUUAAGGUCUGGAUAUCACCAACUGCGUGUUAGAAAGGAAGAUGUUCCUAAAACUGCUUUUAGAACUCGAUACGUGGCCUUUCUGGGACAUGUUGUGUCAGCCGAAGGGGUGAAGGUGGAUCCUAAUAAAAUUGAAGCAAUUGUUGAAUGGAAAUCACCUAAAAGUCCAACUGAAGUAAAGAGUUUCUUGGGUUUAGCGGGAUACUAUAGGAGGUAA